CCAAUACGGACAGGGUAGGCGGGGCAGAGGAAAGCAAAAGCCCAAUCACCUCCUCCUUUCCAGGGAGAAGGUGGGGCUUGGUAUUUACCAUGUUGGGUUUGUCCGCAGCGCUAAUUACUUUUUCCAAAGGCUGCAGGGCUUCACUCCGGCUGGCGUCGCCGCCUCGCACCCCCCUGCUCUGCCACUACGAUCUUGGGGGCUGCUGGUCCCGAGUACCAUGUGUGACGGCGUCCUGCUGCCCCCCUUCGUCCUGUCCUUGCUGCUGCUGGUGUGGGGGCUGGACCCGGGCACAGCUGUCGGCGACGCAGCGGCCGACGUGGAGGUGGUGCUCCCGAGGUGGCUGAGCCCGGACGACGUGCACCUGCAGACGCUCCGGGGAGCCACGGGGCUCCGGCGGUGGCGGCGACCGCGAGCAUCUCCCAGUGGCCCCCGUGUAGGGCGGGGAGAGCGCGCCCUGCUGCUGCACCUGCCGGCCUUCGGGAGGGACCUGUACCUGCAGCUGCGUCGCGACCUGCGUUUCCUGUCCCCGGGCUUCGAGGUGGAGGAGGCGGGUGCCGCGGAGAGCAGCACACACCCCACGGAGCUGUGUUUCUACUCCGGACGAGUUCUGGGCCACCCGGGCUCCCUCGUCUCCCUAAGCGCCUGCGGCGCCGCCGGCGGCCUGGUUGGCCUCAUCCAGCUCGAGCAGGAGCAGGUGUUCAUCCAGCCCCUCAACAACUCGGGGGGCCCAUUCAGUGAAAGAAGACAUCUGAUCAGGCGCCAAUGGUCCUCUACCCCCAGCCCAUCUACCGAGGUCAAGGGAACCGAGCAUCACUGCGAAGUAGUGGCAGAAAAGAAGACAAGGAAGGGCAAUUCAUCUCGGGACUGGAGGGAGCGGAGGAACGCCAUUAGGCUCACCAGCGAGCACACGGUAGAGACCUUGGUAGUAGCUGAUGCCGACAUGGUGCGGUACCACGGGGCAGAGGCGGCACAGCGAUUCAUCCUCACAGUCAUGAACAUGGUAUACAACAUGUUUCAGCACCAGAGCCUGGGGAUUAAAAUUAACAUUCAAGUCACCAAGCUGGUCCUGCUGCGACAACGCCCUGCCAAGUUAUCUAUUGGACAUCAUGGUGAGCGGUCCCUGGAGAGCUUCUGUCACUGGCAGAAUGAGGAGUAUGGGGGAGCACGGUACCUUGGCAAUAACCAGGUGCCGGGAGGGAAGGACGAUAUGCCCCCUGUGGAUGCUGCUGUAUUUGUGACCAGGACAGAUUUCUGCGUUCACAAAGAUGAACCAUGUGACACUGUUGGAAUUGCUUACUUAGGAGGCGUGUGCAGUGCUAAGAGGAAGUGUGUGCUCGCCGAAGACAAUGGUCUCAAUUUGGCCUUUACCAUCGCACAUGAGCUGGGCCACAAUCUGGGAAUGAACCAUGACGAUGACCACUCGUCCUGUGCUGGCAGGUCGCACAUCAUGUCGGGAGAGUGGGUAAAAGGCCGGAACCCCAGUGACCUCUCUUGGUCCUCCUGUAGUCGAGAUGACCUCGAGAACUUUCUCAAAUCCAAAGUCAGUACCUGCUUACUGAUCACUGACCCCAGGAGCCAGCAUGCCUUGCGCCUUCCACACAAGCUGCCAGGCAUGCACUACAGCGCCAAUGAGCAGUGCCAGAUCCUGUUUGGCACCAAUGCUACUUUCUGCAGAAACAUGGAGCAUCUGAUGUGUGCUGGGCUGUGGUGCCUGGUAGAGGGAGACACAUCCUGCAAGACCAAACUGGACCCUCCCCUGGACGGCACCGAGUGUGGAGCGGACAAGUGGUGCCGGGCUGGGGAGUGCGUGAGCAAGACACCCAUCCCAGAACACGUGGACGGGGACUGGAGUCCGUGGGGCGCCUGGAGCAUGUGCAGCCGAACAUGCGGGACGGGAGCGCGAUUCCGGCAGAGGAAAUGCGACAACCCCCCCCCUGGGCCUGGAGGCGCACACUGCCAAGGUGCAAGCGUAGAACAUGCCGCUUGUGAGAACCUGCCCUGCCCCAAGGGUGUGCCCAGCUUCCGAGACCAGCAGUGCCAAGCUCAUGACCGACUGAGCAGCAAGAAGAGGGGCCUGUUGACAGCAGUGGUGUUUGAUGAUAAGCCGUGUGAACUCUACUGCUCACCCCUUGGGAAGGAGUCGCCGCUGCUGGUGGCUGACAGGGUCCUGGAUGGCACACCCUGCGGACCCUACGAGACUGACCUCUGCGUGUAUGGCAGAUGCCAGAAAAUUGGCUGUGAUGGCAUCAUUGGGUCUGCAGCUAAAGAAGACAGGUGUGGUGUCUGCAGUGGGGAUGGCAAGACCUGCCGUGUGGUGAAGGGUGACUUCAGCCAUUCCCGGGGGACAGUCAAGAACAAUCUUUGUAUGAAGGUGUCCACGUGUGUGAUGUCAAAGGCGAUUCCCAAGUGUUUCUCAUGUUAUAUCGAAGCUGCUGUCAUUCCAGCCGGAGCGAGGAGGAUCCGUGUGGUAGAAGACAAGCCUGCUCAGAGUUUCCUGGCUCUCAAAGACUCCAGUAAGAGGUCCAUCAACAGCGACUGGAAGAUUGAACUCCCUGGAGAGUUCCAGAUUGCAGGCACGACCGUCCGCUACGUGAGAAGAGGCCUGUGGGAGAAGUUUUCAGCCAAGGGACCCACCACAGUACCCCUGCAUUUGAUGGUGCUGCUGUUCCAUGACCAGAACUACGGGAUCCAUUAUGAAUACACCAUCCCUGUGAACCAAAGUGCUGAGAAUCAGAGCGAGCCUGCCAAGCCACAGGAUGCUCUGUUCCUCUGGACCCACAGCGGCUGGGAAGGGUGCAGCGUGCAGUGCGGAGGAGGAGAACGCAGGACCAUCGUCUCAUGCACACGGAUUGUUAACAAGACCACGACCCUGGUGAAUGACAGUGAGUGCCCCCAAGCAAGCCGCCCAGAGCCCCAGGUCCGAAGGUGCAACUCUCACGCAUGCCAGUCCCGGUGGGUGGCCGGUCAGUGGAGCCCCUGCUCGGCAACCUGUGAGAAGGGCAUCCAACAUCGGGAGGUGACUUGCAUGUACCAGCUACAGAACGGCACACAUGUCACGACUCGGCCCCUCUACUGCUCAGAACCCCGGCCGACACCAGUACAGAGCUGUGAAGGCCAGGACUGCCUGUCUAUCUGGGAGGCCUCAGAGUGGUCGGAGUGCUCUGCCAACUGUGGCAAAGGAAUCCAGAAGCGGACUGUGACGUGCACCAACUCCCAAGGGAAGUGCGAUGCGUCCACAAGGCCAAAAGCAGAGGAGGCCUGUGAGGAUUACUCCGGCUGCUAUGAGUGGAAAACCGGGGACUGGUCUAAGUGCUCGUCCACCUGCGGGAAGGGGCUCCAGUCCCGUGUGGUACAGUGCAUGCACAAGGUCACCGGACGUCACGGCAGCGAGUGCCUCACUCUCUCAAAGCCAGCAGCCUACCGGCAGUGCCACCAGGAGGUCUGCAAUGACAAGAUUAAUGUGAACACCAUCACUUCCCCUCGCCUUGCUGCUCUGACGUACAAAUGCACACGGGACCAGUGGACGGUUUACUGCCGGGUCAUCCGAGAGAAGAACCUGUGUCAGGAUAUGCGAUGGUACCAGCGCUGCUGCCAGACCUGUAGGGACUUCUACGCAAAUAAGAUGCGCCAGCCGCCUUCUCCACCAAGUUCAUGACGUACAGCGCAGUGCUUGCUCAGUGCUCCGACUCAAGGCCUGAGACCUGGCAGUUAGUAAGUGGAGCGCCCUCACCCUACCCUGCACACCAGCCCUGCAGCCAGGACCCCCAAAAUACUCCUCUGCUCCCGCCAUAAGGCUGCCUCAAGAAUCCAGUUGCAUAGGGCUAGAGAGGGCACUUGACAUUGCCAUUAGUCCUUUGAACGUAAUAUAUUGCUAACAGCCACUGGAUGGCUUUCUAAGGAAAAAAAACAACGCCAGCGUCACAAAAUAAUUUUAAUUUCCAAGCUCUAAUGUACCUCAAAGGGGGACACACCUCUGGCAGAUAAUAAUUAGGAGAGAGAGAGAGCAAGAGAGAAAGAGAGAGAGAACAUUUAGUGCUUCUGUCCUGGCUUUCUGUGACAUUUGAAUUCCUCGGGUUUGAUGUAACUUUGCAGAAGUGAGAUAUAACACGAACAGAGGCUCCAUCCUGAAAGUCAGCAGGCCCUGGUCGACCAGCCUCUGCCAAUGGCUUCUCUGGAAGAGAGCUGAGCUGCCUUCCUACAAACACGAGAGUCAAGAUAUGGCCUCUGCCGAUCUCAAAAACAUAAGUCUCAAAAUCCUGGGCCUUGCCUUAGAAAUCUUGCCCCUGAGAGUUUAAACCUGCACAGAUCAACAAAAAUAGUGGUGCAACAUAGCUCUGCAUACCACCUGUGUGGGAGAACAUUCCAGAAGAGCUGGGUUUGGGAAGGCAUCUGCUUUUCAGAGCUAAGCUAUGUACCCCGCAGGAAAACAGGGGGCCUUUCUUCAAGGUGCUAUGAAAUGGGAUAUGUGUGCCUGGUGCAUGAGGUUACUCCCCAACAUAAAGGUGCCCUCAGCUUCCUCAAGGGUGUACCAGCUCCCCCUCUGCCUCCGGGUGCCUCCAGCCAGGCUUUACAGCUUAUACCUGCCACAGCUUGGCAAGUAGCUUUCCCUUGCCAUUGGCCUUUCCUCUGAAGUUAGGGUGAUGUUCAAGCCAUCUGAGGACACAUCAGUCAGUCAGUCCUGGGUUCUGCAGCAUAAGGCUUGACUUCAGUAUCUGGGCCCAAGAAAGGUGUGCCAGGACUUGUGAGGGAACACUGCCUGGCUGAAAUCACAUCCAUCAAGUGUUUUCCUAACCAAGGUCUCAUGGUUGGCACCUUCAUUGUUCACAGCCAUAUCCCUGACCCAUCUGGAUGUGGCAUGGAAAGAUGGCGAAGGUCUUCUCUUCCACCCCCAUGCCUUCACCCUCACCACAGAACUUUUCCAUCUCCAGGAGGCCACAGUGACCUCUCCACGAGCAGCCCAGCUGAUAGACUCCUGGCUGCCCUGGGAGGCUGGCUUUGCUCCACAGCUUGGUGGAUUUUCCUGGGUGCUUAUGUUCUGAAUCUCCUUGAGAGGCCCAUCUUCUCCUGGUGUCAAACGGAAGCUCUCACUUGGGCCAGUUUCCAUGGGAUCAUCUCCAAAUGCUUCUUGAUUCAUUGGUGCUGUUUCUAUUUGAGUUGGGGUUUCGUUCUGUUUUAAUUUUUACUAGCCCAUCACAGAGGCGUGGUAAGGGUGGCAGGGAAUUUAUUUGGCUCCACUUGAACUGAAAAGGAGUGUUACGAAAACUCCUUAGGUGCUCCGAGAGGAUGUCAGGAUGAAGUAACCCACUACUUGUCACCCCAGCGCUGUGUUGAACACGCCCCCCACACCACCCCAGCUCAGGACUGGUCACCAGCAGACUCCCCAAAGCUGCUUCUAAAACCCACAAAUUCCACGGAGCUCUUUAGUGGUAGAGGGAAAGGUGCUGUCAAUUUUCCCUCAGACCAACAGCUUCUGUUAAUCUACCCAAAGACAUUCGUAUUUUGGAGCUAAAAAGCAGUGAGAGUGUCAGCAUAACCAGCUCAGAAGGCCACAGUCUUCCUUGUGCGUUUACAGAUGCCCACCCAGGCAGAGCAUGUGUGAGCAGGUCCCCAUCGGUGGGCACUCCCCCUCAUGCCUCUGAUGCCCAGCCCCCUACCAUCUGUGUGCUACCUGAAGGAGCCCCACACCAUUCAUGUUAAACUGGUCAUGAGCAUUGCGCUUUCUGAGCAAAUGCUGGCAUUGUCACUUUGAACUCCACCAGGACACUUUCAUUCUGCUUUGUACAGAUCCAGCAAAGCUCUGGGAUCACAAUGGUGAUGUUUCCGUGUUAAACCCACACGGUCACCCAAGUACUGUACCCUUGUGGUUACACAGAUGUGUCAUUAGCGUCACGCAAUCUUAUGGUGCUAUUCCUACUCGCAGUUGAUGUGGCUUUAUUAGAUCCGAACACAGAAAAAGAGCCUUGGUAGCAACCUCGCCUUGGCUCCUUUUUUCAUUUUAACGUCAGAUGUAUAUAUUUCGCACUAGUUAACUUACACUCAGUACUGUAUCUGUGGGUUCUGUUGUGUGUCGUUUUACUUUUGGGUGCUGGUUAUGAAAGAAUACAAAAGAAGAGAUGACAAACAUCGGAUGCCCUUAGUCAUGAAAAUUUCACCAUUUCAUUGGAACCAAACUGAACAUGUGUAAUAAAAUGUUUUUCCCCCAUAACAGUUUUAAGCUCUCUCAAUGGAAAGUCAAAGACAAAAGCUAGGCCUCGGUGGCUGGUGGAGGGGGGCAGUAGCCUGGUGCCCCUGAGACAUGGUUGUGGAAAAACUGUGGCCAGUCUCGAGUCACUAGUAAAUGCAAUGCUGGUGGAGGCCUGUGUCUCCCCAAGGGAAUGCUAAUAAAUUCUUCAGUCCCUGGCCUCCUCCCUGCCGGGGGAUGCCAAGGUCUGGGAGUGCCAAUGAGGAACAGCUACCUCACUAGUCUGCUGGAGUGAAUGACAGUACUGUAGACCUCCCUAGAGCACAAAUGCUAGCC